AUGAAAGGAGGAGGAUGGAUAUUCUACGUGAAUACAGCGAGUGGAAAACACCAAUUUCAGAUCAGUUCUCCUCCCUGUCUGAUGACGAGGUGCGCGUGUUAUUCUGUUUUCUGUGUUCUGACCCCGGUACCCCCGACUUUACUGAUACAGACUGGCUGAACAUUCUUAAUGUGAUACGAAAGAAGAUGAACGUUAAGGGCAGUGUAACAAGUGAGGAGGCACAGCGGACUCUGGACGGACUGAAGUCAUGUGGAGUUCUUUGGGAUCAGGACGGAGUAGACAUCACUGAGGACGUCAAGGACGAGACCAUGUACCGUGUUACAGAACGUCGUAUAAAACGUUUUCUAGAACUUAGUGAUACACUGCUCCCCGUGUAUCGUUUAUCCAGUUAUACUACAGCAGUGAGGUAUCUGAGAUCACAGAGAUACACCAGGAAGUCUGGAGAGAAAUGUGUCAUUUGUAAGGACCUGUCAUUUGAUUCCAUACUCAUACCCCGUCUACAGAUGAACAUACUGACCCACGUCACCAUGGAGGACACGAGUAUCUGUGAUGAAGUGUCAUUUUACUUGAAUAUCCCUCAAGAUAAAGUACGCAUGAGUGAUGAUAAACGAAGAGCGUUUUUAGAGGAAUUACAGCAUACUGGGGAGUAUGUACAAUACAGAGAGGGGUCACAAGACAGUGUACAACACGUCAAGUGGCUCUGGAGAUACGAGAGACCUGACAUCGUGAGAUCCUGUAUAGGUCUCCACCCACACUGUGAUAUUUACAUCAUCAACAACACGGCUUACAGAAAACACAGUCAGUACCACGACCUUCCUCCAGCUGAACGCUGUCUCCUGUACUGUCUUCUGAUGGUGGACGACUACACCGUCAAGGUCAAGGACGAAUCUCACAUCAAGAUGUACAAUGCGAUCAGAGAACGAUAUUUUACAGAAGAACCUGUUUGUGAGGAAAUUACCGCCGCCGACUUUCCCGAGGGAAUCAUUCACGUAGAAAACGACGUGAUCAAGUUUAAAUCAGACGACAUCCGACAUGACGUCAUGUACGCGUUCGUUACGGAAUGUCUGGUAGAGGACAGUGAUCUGAAGUUCUUUUUGACCACGGCACCACGUGACGUGAUAUCAGAAUACUGCCGGUCGUGGGAUUAUAAGAGGAUUGAGGGAGAGAGAUGUCUGUAUAUACCGGAUGGACCGGAUGAGAUGUACGACCUGUUCAUAGACAGACUACAACUGGACAUCCUCACACACUGUACCGUGUCAGACUCGACGAUUCAUGACAGUAUCAGUAAACGUUUGAAAAUACCUGAAGAAAUUCUGAAAUGGGACUAUGCUGCGCGAAGCAGAUACGCAGAAUGUGCCAAGAAAGGAACUCAAACAAUACACAGGGCUCGAGCAAUGAUAGUUGGAUGCGCAGGGGCUGGGAAAUCUACUCUACUUAAACGUCUACAGAAACGAAGUAUGGAUGAACUGAAAAAGGUUCAGUCUACAGUAGGACUAGAAGUACACGAAGACAUCUUUGAGAUUGCUGCUGAAUCUGAUUGUUUAAAAGAUCUACCAGCUCACACGGACAAAGAAGGGAAACAACUCUUGAGUAUUUUGGACUUUGGUGGACAAUGUGCCUAUUACGCGUGUCACCAGGUCUACCUCAGCAGAAGAGCCUUCUAUCUUCUUGUUCUCAACAUGUCCAAGAGAUUUGACGAGAAAGUUGACCCCCAACUAUGUGAACAGGAAGGGACCAUGUUUACUGACUGGACUUACGGGGAAUACAUGUUGUUUUGGCUGAAGUCAGUACACACCUACUGUGGCGAUCGCGCCCCAGUGAUCAUCGUUGGAACUCAUCUAGAUCAAACCAAAGGACAGAAUGCCAAUGCCCUCUACAACAGCAUACUGGAUUACCUCCAGGACGACAAACAUCUGAAGUCACACCUAGCCAGGGAACGAUGCUUCGUUCUAGGUUUUCAUUCGGAUGGUGUAUCGUUUGAAGACUCUCUUUCUGAACUAGAGAAGUGCAUGGCUUCAAUUGCUAAAGAAGAUAGAUGGAAGGAGUCCAUUCCUGUGGACUGGGCAUUAUCUGAAAUGGUACUCAGAGAUCUCAGAGGACAAAGAAAGAGACUGACAUCGGUUUGGGAAUUUUCGAAGGAAUGUUUUGGUAAUCUCAGAGAGAAAUACACACAAAUCAGCGAUAUCCUGAAAUUCUACCAUGAUAUAGGCGUUAUACUACACUUUAACGAAAGUUCUCUUGCCAAAACUGUCAUUAUUGACAUCCAGUGGUUUGUUGCUUCCUUUAAGAACAUAAUAACCGAUCCAAACCAUGUCAGGGAUUUUGUCGACAACACACGCGAAUGGUUGGAGUUUAAUGAAAACGGUCAUUUAGACGACAGUCUCUUGACCAAAAUUUGGAAAAGUCGGAACUUUGAAAUUGAUCCCCGUGACAAAGCAACGUUAUUACAAUACAUGGAACGGCUUGGUCUCAUCUUUAUUGGUCCCCAGGCGCAUUACAUUCCCUGCAUGAACAAGAGAUCCUUUGCUACCCAACAACAGAACGAUCUGCAAUCCAUUCAAAGCAAAACAUCAGUAAUGGUCUUUCGAUUUCCCUUUCUGCCAUAUUUCGUUUAUUUCCGUCUGAUUGUUGCUUGUCUGACCAGUCAAUAUUGGAGAUUUCCGAAAGACAAACGCUUAUCUUUGUAUAAAAACCUGGCGUGUUUUGUCUAUAAGAGCCACACUGUUGCACUUGCUGUGAAUAGAUAUGCCAUUCAACUUCAGGUUUUUCAGCGCAGCAGAAAUCCAAUCUCAAAAGUUGUCACAUUAGAAAUCCGUGACGACAUUGAAAGAUUAUUGAAUAGUCUAACCAAAAACUUCCACAAGAAUAUCAUGUACACUGUAGGAUAUCAAUGUUCAAAACAGGAAGUGUUUCGUGAACAUGAUGACUGCUUUGUUGAAGAGAAAGAAAUCCACGGGAAAGGCAAGCAAACGUGCCCAAUACACGAAAUGGAUACUCAUCAUUUCCUGAGUGAAUCAGAUCUCCUAUUUCAUUGGAAUGAGGAUGUCCAGGACAACCAAGCAAGUUUAUCCAUCAACGACACAGACGCUACAAUUUUAUCUGAACGUGACUUGCUAAACUUCAACAAGGUGAUUGGAAAUGGCAUGGAAUUGAUUGCAACCUGCUUGGGAUUAUCGCAAGUGGAGAUAGAUAGAUUGAAGAUGGAUAAUCCCAUGUCCACGAGUACUGUGGUACACAACAUCCUUGUCACAUGGAAACGCAAACUUGGUGAUGCAGCAACAUUAGAGAACUUGGAGAAAUCCUUACAGGAAGCAGAAAAACACACUGGUGCAAGUGUGGACUGGAGUGUGUUUAGUCAAGCAAAGGAGGCUCUGAAAUCAAGUAAAUGAACUGAAACAGUAGAUACUAGCCUGUGAAGGUGAAACUACCAUGUAAAUAUGUUGAAUGUUAAUCAUUUCAAUAUCCAAUCGACCGUAAUGACUCUAAUCUUCAAUGUAGUGUAUAUACUUAGAUAUGUGUUAUUCGUUUUUGUAGUAGAUUACUGAGUGUCAAAAUGAACAGUUGAUACGUAAGGUUACGUGUGAUUGACGUCAGGUUACGUAAGGUUACGUGUGAUUGACGUUUUCACAGGCGAACACAUCUUUCAGUUCAGUGUAUAACUAAAUCAUUCGGAUUACACUUUGCAAAACUGGCAUCACAUAGUGUGCUUUGGCUGACCUUCAAAACUCUUUCAAAAUAUUGGCGUCUUAUUCAAUCGUCCCUAACGUUGGCUAGUGGUUUUUUUGUUCAAACGUAACAAAGUUUAUCAUUGAAACAGGUGUGCGUCAUCAAUAAUCAUGUUAAAUACACCCUAUGCUGUAUAUUUUUCCUUUUUAGAGCACUUAGUGUAAUGAAAUAAGAGGACGUCACAAAGUUAUCACCAUCAUCAUUGUCAUCAUUUGAAAUUUGUUUAAAAGAAAGGUGAGGAUAACGAACAGUGAUCAAUUUCAUAACUCCCACAAGCAAUACAAAACAGAAAGUUGGGCAAACACGGACCGCUGGUCACCUCCGAGGUGGGACCAGGUGCCUAGGAGGAGUAAGCAUCCCUUGUCGACCGAUCAUACUCGCCGUGAGCCCUAUAUCCUGAUCAGGUAAACGGAGUUAUCUGUAGUCAAAAUCAGUGUGCCAAUAUUGGCCGAACAAAAGACGUGAAACACGUUCGUACAAUUUUAACACUCCUAUAAAAAAGCAGUGCAAAAAUUGCUUUAAAUCAGCAUUUCGAAAAUUAUAUGGUCGUUAUAACAAUCUAGUUUGCCAAAUACAACCUACCAUUGGGUCAAUUGCUGUCUGACAUGUUUCAUUCGAAUCAUUCGACCGUUCUUGGCACACUGAUUUCGACUACAGAUAAUCCCACUUACCUGAUCAAGAUGUAAGUAUCACUGCGGCUGUGACCGUUCGACAGGCGAUGCUUACUCCUCCUGGGCACUUGAUCUCACCUCUGAUGUGCCCAGCGGUCCGUAUUUGCCCAACUCUCUAUUUUGUAUUGCUUGUGAGAGUUAUCAGAUUGAUCACUCUUCGUUAUCUUCAUCUUUCAGUGAACAUAUAUUUUGCAUGCAGAUAUGUAUUGAUGAGUUACAGAUCAAAUUUGAGUUUUCUUCCUCUUCGUUGAGUUUUAUGAAAUUGGGACGUUUAACGUAAAACAAUUGAUGCAUUGAUUUUAUUUCUAUUAAGGUAUUCAAUGUAUAAUGACCAUAUCUCAUAUCUAAUAAAUGGAUGGUGGAAUAUUUGUAAUCAUGGUAUCAUUUUGAAGGGUCCAUCAAAUAAAAAUAAUAUGCCAUAGGAAUUUUCAAAAUUUUGCUUACUCCUUGAUUUAUUUCACCUAGAAUUUAACAUUGAAGUAUAUGGGAAAAGCAUGUUUUAUUACAAUAUUUUAAAAAAAAUAAUUAUAUUUUCAUACUAAUCUCUUGGUAGAAAGUUACAUAGAAAAUAUGAAAAAAUAAAAUUAAUUAUUGACCACACACAUUUUUAGAAAAUUAAAUUUUUCUUAUUUUUACAAAGGGCUGACAACUCUUCCAAAAAAAAUUAAGUGCAAAAAGGUCAGCUUCUAAUCAUUUACCAGUCAAUUGAAUUUCAUCUGCUUCACUUUCAUCAUUAUUUAACAAUAAACUUCUAUGUUCAUCUAAAUCAUUAUCUUUUUAUUAUACAUGGAAUACCUUAAACAUAUUAAGGAUUGUUGUUGAAUGUGUGUAACAUACAAUUUGAAUACCACAUUCGAUGCUAUACUUCGAUGAAUUUUCUACAUUUGAAUUUACUGCAGGUGGGGGCAUUCGUGUUGUGUCAUCAAAUUUAGUUCUUUUCCUUCUUCUUCUUCUAUUUUUUGUUUGUUUUUCUUUUAGUUCUUCAUCUCCUGUUGAAAAUCUUGCAACAUGUUUGCAGACAAAAACAACAAUAGGCACCAACACACGUCUCAAAUCUGGCUUUGCUUUUUUGUGCGUUAAAACUGUAGAAAAGCUAAAUACUGUUUAAUUGUUCGCAUUGAACACAAUACAUGAAAUAAAAAGUGUUGUUUUUUUCCGAACCGUCUCUGAGGAUGUUAUUCGAUACGUAUAAAUAUAAAUGUGUAGACUCCAUGCAAACUGUCUGUAUUCACAAAUUUUGAACUUUCCCUUGGAAAUAAAUGCAUUUAGAUAGCAUUAUCAAAGAUAUGCUAGAGGAAUUCAAACAUGCAGACAAGUCUAUAAAACUCAUAAAAUGAGCUGAAAUUCUUCUACAAAGUACAAAGGAAAAUUCAGUAAAUUUACCUUACAGUGCUUCUCCAGGGUCAGCAUGAUUCAGUUUCAAGAUAUUGCAAAUCUAUUCCAAUGAUUGAUUUAUUGAAUAUUGUUUAUCGUCCCUCGCGAGAAUAUUUCACUCGCAUGGAGAUUUAGGCCUACGCUCGGCGCUUAUGGCCUCUGAGCAUGGAGGGAUCAAUACCGUGCCACACCUGCUGUGAAACGGAACCUCGGUAUUAGUGGUUUCAUCCGAAGGGUCAACCCAUUUAGUUGCCUAUUGCGACAAGCAGAGGUAUUGAUGACCUAUUCUAAUCCGCACACUAUUCUAAUGUGUCAAUUUCAUUAAUCAUCAGCAUUCAACAGAAUAAACGACAAAACAUAAACAUGUAGUGUAAAUUCAUGUUUGUGCACAUAAUGAUCUGAAUUCAUUGUUUUGCAUAUGCAUAUAUGAAACAAAACCUUGCAAAUCAUUCUUGUAUAGGAAGCAUAAGAGUAAAAAAAUUGUUGAGAGAAGGGUUUAACGUACCUUGUAGAUUUAACUACAUUCCUUUAGUUUAGCGCGGGGCCACAAUGUCUUUUUUUAAAAGCAAGUGAAGGAAUUGUCAUAAUAACAUUCCGCUCGCCGUAUGUAGUGCCAAAAAAUAAGCCCCUCCCAACCCCAAAGUCUAAAAGAUUAAAUAAAAGCACAACCGUGUCUACCUUUUAAAAUUCUAAAAUAAAUGUUCUGUUUAUCCAUGCUAUGUUUAUGAUAGAUAAUUUAUGUUUUACAGGGGAAAAUAAAACUUCUAAUUUGAGCUCAUUAUUUUCUCGUGUCACAUUGUAUUCAUAUGUAUCAUUAUUAAACAUCACAUUACAAGUUCUGCAGAUGCUACUACUAACAUUACCAUUUCAACGUUCUUUUCUCCAAAUAGUUUGUGAACUGUUUACAUUUGUUUUCCACAAUAAUCGAUUUCUCUGGUGUAUAUAUGUAAAGUACAACAAUGAAUGUGUCUUAAUUUCACUGUUUUUCUUUAUAUGUAUAUUUAGCUUAUUUCCUUUUCGCCAUGUCUAUCAACUUCCUUUAGAUUGCACAUGGUUAAGUGAGUUCUACUCAUGUUAUAAAUACAAAAGCAAGUUAAGAUAGCUUCCCUUUAUAAGACAGAGUAGUUGAAAAAAAGUCAAAACGGUACAAACUUGCUUUAUAAUCGUACUUUAUGAUAUAUCCUUUAUUAAAUACACUCAAUUAUUUCUUUUUCAAAUGUUUAAAACGUAAGAUUUAAAAUUGAUAUCUUGCUCAGACUUUAACUAUUCCUGACUUCCUUUACUUAUAUCAGUGCAUUAUGCUGAUAGAAGCCCGAGCGUUUAUCAUAUGUUCUAAUGUUAAACCUUCAUAUCAACGUACGAUCUUAGAUAUCAAUGUGUGAUUAUAUAUAUCAAUGUCAUUUUAGAAAUUAGUGUAUUAUGUUUUCACCUUAAAUGUCAAUGUAUGAUCUUAAAUAUAAAUGUAGCAUCUUAGAUGUUAGUAUAUUACUUUCGAUAUCAAUGUAUAAUAUAAGAUAUCAAUGUAUGAUAUUUGAUAGCAGCGUAUGAUCUUAGACAAUAGUGUGUUAUCGUAGACAAUAAUGUGUUUAGUAAACGUAUCAUCUUGGAUAUUAGUGCGUCAUCUUAGAUAUCAAUGCAUGAUAUUCGCUAUCAAUGUGCGAAUUUUGAUAUCAAUGCACGUCCUUAGAAAUCAAUGUUUGAUCUUAUAUAUUAUUGUAUGCUCUUGGAUAUCCAUGUAAGAUCUUAGAUAUCAAUAUGCAACAUUAGAUAUCAGAGUAUGGAUAAGAUGUUAAUAUACAGCCUUAGAUAUCAAUGUAUCUUGAAUAUCAAUGUAUGUUCUUAGAUAUUAAUGUGCUACUUUAGAAAGCAAUGCUUGGACAAUGAUAUCAGCAUACCACCUUCGAUAUCUUUUAAUGUGCCUUUUAUUUUUUUGUAAUUUUGUAUCAAUAUAUGACAAUGUAUACAAAUAUAUAUAUAUAUAUAUAUAUAUAUAUAUAUAUAUAUAUAUAUAUAUAUAUAUAUAAAAUUAAAAGAAUACAAUUUAAAAUGAUCACAUAAUAUUCAACGAUCAACUCUCAUAGUACUUUUGUCUUACGGUUCUUCAGGCAGUUUGUAUUGAAUGUUUCACAGUUUCAUAGUACCGUUGAAAAGUAAACGUUCAUUGUGACGACAUAAUAGCAAUAGGCACUGAUCAUUGAUUAUUAUGUGAACUCUUUGGAUAUUAUUCUUUUAAAUCAUCUAAUAACUCUUGCCAAUUUCUUCAUUCAUUUAUGACAUUAUAUAUAUAUAUGUAUAUAUAUGUACCGUAUAAGUUUUACAUAUAUAUUCAAUGGAUAUCAUAUAUUUAAGCAUGACCUAAAUGUUUCAUAGAAGAAAUAUUUUUAUGUUUUUCAAAGUACAAGAUUACUUGUAGGGUACACUGAUGAAAAGUCUACCACUUUUCUUCAGUGGCCCUUGCGAAUCCGGGUGUUAUUUUGCCUAUCACCACAUAAUCCCUAAUGACGAAUUGAGAUCUAAGACUAAUCAAAACUUGAUUCUAGAUUUCUACGGACAAGAUCCGAAUCAACACAAAUACUGGACAAGUUGUAAGUCAGUUUCGACUGCGUCGGAGUGAUUUUGACCAGAAACACAUUAAAUUUCGACAAAGCAUUUGAAGUUCAAAGAAAGAAAAAAUUCUUAUAAGAAAGCCAUUUUAAAACCCUGAUCGGUAUUCCAGCUGCUACCUGUAUAUUCAGAAGUUAGUUUCUUUUAAUAGAUAUGAGAUCAUUAAGCCAUAAUGAAACAGUAGAAGUCCCAGUUAAGGGGUUUGAAUUCUAAAUGGACCUUGAAAUUUAACUGUUGAUGUCCAUGGCACAAGCAUAUAUGUAAAUGUGACUAUUUGAUCAAUUGUAUGCUUGGGAAAAUGGAGUAUUAGUCAGAACGAUAUCGAUAGCAGAUAUACAAUCCCGGAUUCGCAGUCUUUGUUACAAUUCUUGUCAUCUAUGAUAUAUAUUAUGAUUUUGUUUUUCUAAAAUGGUCGAAAUAGGCCCACAUUAGUUUACUUUAGCAGCAUCAUGUUAAUUCAUGUUAUACAAAUCUUAUAAAUUCAUUGAUUUAUAAACACGUAUUAGAUUGUUAAUUUUGGAGAUAUCACAAAAGUAAAAGUGUAGGAAUACAGCAUGUGGUCAUGGUCGAUCAAUCAAUACACAGGGCUCGAAAUGAUUUAUUCAAUGGUCACUUGAGUAUUUAAGCUAAAGUUUUACUGGUUCAUUGAUAACUUUUAAUGUCCCUUCCGACCAGUGGAAAUGAAAACGAUUGCCUCAAUUGCAUAUUUCAUAUCAGUGAAAUAUUUUCUUUAUAAGGCCUCUUUCUUCAUCCUUCAUUCAAAAUACCAUGGGAACCAUCAAAGUUUUGUAUUUCAAUGAAAAUGUUAUUAGAUUCACUAUUUUCUAUAAACUUCUCUAAAUACCUUUGAAUUAAUACAAUUCUAAACAAUCCUGAACAAUGAAUAUUUUAAAAUAUUAAUUAAAUUCAUUCAGAAUAGAUGUAAAUAAAGUGAGCAAACAAUGCUUUUGAGAACCAACAGGAUUUGAAAAAUAUGCUAUAAUUAGCUACAAUUAGCGUAAGGAAAAUGGAAUCGGGUGCGUUUUGAUUUUUGCCCAUUAAUAGUUUAAAAGUUCCAUUCCAUGUAUAUAUAUAUAUAUAUAUAUAUAUAUAUAUAUAUAUUUAUAUAUAUAUAUAUGAUAAAAUCCUGAACGGACACAUUUCAAAUUCAAUAGCCCAGAUCCAUAAUCCAUUGGACCUAGACCAUCAGGCCAUCUAUUACUUCGAGCAAUGAAUAUGAUGCCGAAACAAUAGGAAAAAUCAAAACUUUAUUACAGUAUAAAAUGGUUCACAUACUUGAUUUGAUAUUCAUGUUUUUAUUUUGUUUUAUAAUUCAAGGUUUUGCAAGUCACUAAUAAAUUUAUUAUCAUU